AUGGCACGCGCAGUGUGGACAAAGCUUCUUUCGGACGACUCUAUUCGGAGGUCGUCGCAAACCCUAUCGGUCAUUGAGGGCAGUGCGUAUCUGUAUGGCGGGGAGCUACGGCCCCGGGAGCCGGUGGACUCAGCUGUCUAUCGCAUCGCACUAGACAACAAACUACCUUCGCAUACUAGAACGUCCACGAUCGCCAGCACGUCCGAGAGUCCACAACCGAGAGUCGGGUCUGCAUCGACGACCAUCGAUGGCAAAGUCUAUGUCUUCUCGGGGCGUGGCGGCACUGCCAUGUCUCCGAUCGAAGAAGCCGGGUCAUUCUGGGUAUUCGAUCCGAAUACCAGUACCUGGGUCCAGGUGAAGCCCGCAGAUCCUCAAUCUCCUUACCCAGCGGGACGCAGCUACCAUACUCUGACGAACAACGGCAAAGAUACUAUCUUUCUCCACGCCGGCUGCCCCGAGAAGGGCCGGCUUGGUGAUUUGUGGGCGUUCAACAUUCUCACUCGUCAAUGGCAAGAACUAGCCCCAGCCCCCAAGCCAGAGAGAGGUGGCACAUCCAUUGCUUAUGCGGAAGGGAAGCUCUUCCGGAUGAACGGCUUCGAUGGAAAGACAGAACAAGGCGGUGCAUUGGAUGUGUAUGACCCCAAGAAUAACAUUUGGAACACCACCACGUAUCCGGCGGAUGGGGUUUCCGGUCCAGGUGCACGUAGUGUGAGCUGCUUGCUAUCCCUUAAAGUUGCCGGGAAGCCGAGCCUUGUUACUAUGUUCGGUGAACACGAUCCUAGCAGUCUAGGACACCAGGGUGCAGGUAAAAUGCUUUCCGAUGUGUGGAUCUUCGAUAUUCAGUCUGGAAAGUGGACGGAAGUCCAGGCGGAUGGCGAUAACGCCCCAGAAGCUCGCGGAUGGUUCGACGCCGAUGUCAUUACAAACGCUUCAAAGGAUAGUAUCGUUGUCCACGGUGGGCUGGCUGAGUCGAACGAGCGGCUUGGGGAUGUAUGGAAAUUGGAUUUUUGA